ACGAGGAAGCAGGAAGAGAAAGAACGUGUCGAAGCGGAGAAGAAGCUAGCUGGGCAGCAAAAGGAGAAGGAGGUGAAGAAGUCGGGCGGAUCUUGGUGGCGGUGACGAUGUCGAAAUUCAAUUCUUAUGAACCACAGCCAUGAACGUCAAGCAACAGGCUGUGUCCACUCAUUGGGACACAUGGCCAUUGCCUUUGGGGUUCCCUCCAGAAGUAUCAUCCGACCAUCUCAGUUUGGCCGGUGGGAGGACGCUGGCAUCACUGUCAGCGACGUACCCGGAUAUGCUACGGGCGACCAUCUCACCUAUCGACCGCCUAUCCAGGGCGUCAGACACCCUCACAACUCCUCCAAUGCCACUCCCACGCCAUGUCGUUCUCCUCCUCCCUAGCCGCCUCCGCGGCGUCUUCUGCAGCCAUCAUGGCCAACUGCUCGUUGACCCACAGACGAACCUCUCGUGCAACAAUCUGAUGCUCCAGCUCUUCUUCUCGAAGUUGUCUUUUCUCUUGAAAUCGGCGGUAAAGGGCGAGUAUAGCGACAAACCAGACGAGGCAGUUGCCGAAGGCGAUGAGGAGCUCGAAACUGGAGAGCGGCUUGUUCAUGGUGUUUCAAUUCAGGGUGGAAGUAGUGGUUUGGAGUCGUGUCUGGAUGACGCAUCCACACAGCAAGCUUGUUUACAAACAGAUCAUGCUACUCCUACGGAUCGCAAGGACCAUGCGGAAAGACGUCUUUAUGCUAGUACUGUGGUGCGUUGAUUCACAGCGGCAAACACAAACACGCGGGUGCAUAUUGCAAACACCAUGACAGCAAGCGACGACCACGCAAGCUGCAAGAGAAGCGUCAAACGGUGUGAAGAAAGGACAAACGGAAGCAUCGAGUAAGAAUCAGCACUUUCAGCUCAAGUCUAUCUGUACACCGAGACAACGUAUUGCCUUGUCUCAGUAUAGUCACUGCUUGCACAAAGCGUUGCUACAAUAUUGGCAGGCUCAACUCAGUCAUUCACGAUCGAUAUGGGAUGACGGCUUAUGCAAACAGUCAUGGCGAAUAAGCGCUAUUGUGUACAACAUAUUCUUUGAAGGCACCUCAGUCUAUACAAUCUAUAAACCAUCAUCAUC